AUGGCGCUGAUGCCCCAGAUGGGGUCCACGGCGGGGCUCGUCCGGCCGGAGCUCUGGCUGCUGCUGUGGGCAGCCGCGUGGCGCCUGGGUACCACGGCGUGCCCCGCCCUCUGCACCUGCACGGGCACCACGGUGGAUUGUCACGGCACGGGGCUGCAGACCAUACCCAAGAACAUCCCACGGAACACCGAGCGCCUGGAACUCAACGGCAACAACAUCACUCGCAUACAUAAGAACGACUUUGCGGGGCUCAAGCAGCUGCGGGUGCUGCAGCUGAUGGAGAACCAGAUUGGAGUGGUGGAACGGGGGGCUUUUGAUGACAUGAAGGAGCUGGAGCGGCUACGACUGAACCGGAACCAGCUGCACAUGUUACCAGAACUGCUGUUCCAGAAUAACCAGGCUCUGUCGAGGCUGGACCUGAGUGAGAACACCAUCCAAGCCAUCCCCAGAAAGGCUUUUCGUGGAGCUACAGACCUCAAAAAUUUACAGCUGGACAAGAACCAGAUCAGCUGCAUCGAGGAAGGGGCCUUCCGGGCUCUGCGAGGGCUGGAGGUGCUGACCCUAAACAACAACAAUAUCACCACCAUCCCCGUGUCCAGCUUCAACCACAUGCCCAAGCUACGGACCUUCCGCCUACACUCCAAUCACCUGUUCUGUGACUGCCACCUGGCCUGGCUGUCACAGUGGCUGAGGCAGCGGCCAACCAUCGGGCUCUUCACCCAGUGCUCGGGCCCCGCCAGCCUGCGCGGCCUCAACGUGGCUGAGGUCCAGAAAAGCGAGUUCAGUUGCUCAGGCCAGGGGGAGGCGGGGCGUGUGCCCUCGUGCACCCUUUCCUCCGGCUCCUGCCCAGCCAUGUGCACCUGCAGUAAUGGCAUUGUGGACUGUCGCGGCAAAGGCCUCACCGCCAUCCCUGCCAACCUGCCCGAGGCCAUGACAGAGAUCCGCCUGGAGCUCAAUGGGAUCAAGUCCAUCCCCCCAGGAGCCUUCUCUCCCUACAGAAAGCUUCGGAGGAUAGACCUGAGCAACAACCAGAUCGCGGAGAUUGCACCUGAUGCCUUCCAAGGCCUCCGCUCCCUAAAUUCACUGGUCCUCUAUGGGAACAAGAUCACAGACCUCCCCCGGGGUGUGUUUGGAGGCCUGUACACCCUACAGCUCCUGCUCCUGAACGCCAACAAGAUCAACUGCAUCCGGCCCGACGCCUUCCAGGACCUGCAGAACCUCUCGCUUCUCUCCCUGUACGACAACAAGAUCCAGAGUCUCGCCAAGGGCACUUUCACCUCCCUGCGGGCCAUCCAGACCCUGCAUCUGGCCCAGAACCCUUUCAUCUGUGACUGUAACCUCAAGUGGCUGGCGGACUUCCUGCGCACCAACCCCAUCGAGACCAGUGGGGCCCGCUGUGCCAGCCCCCGGCGCCUCGCCAACAAGCGCAUCGGGCAGAUCAAGAGCAAGAAGUUCCGGUGCUCAGCCAAAGAACAGUACUUCAUUCCAGGCACGGAGGAUUACCAGCUGAACAGUGAAUGCAACAGUGACGUGGUCUGUCCCCACAAGUGUCGCUGUGAGGCCAGUGUGGUGGAGUGCUCCGGCCUGAAGCUCACCAAGAUCCCUGAGCGCAUCCCCCAGUCCACGGCUGAGCUACGAUUAAACAACAAUGAGAUUUCCAUCCUGGAGGCCACCGGGGUGUUUAAGAAACUCCCCCAUCUGAAGAAAAUCAACCUGAGCAACAACAAGGUGUCAGAAAUCGAAGACGGGGCCUUCGAGGGCGCGACCUCUGUGAGCGAGCUGCACCUGACCGCCAACCAGCUGGAGUCCAUCCGGAGUAGCAUGUUCCGGGGCCUGGACGGCUUGAGGACCCUCAUGCUGAGGAGCAACCGCGUCAGCUGCAUCCACAACGACAGCUUCGCGGGCCUGCGCAACGUCCGCCUCCUCUCGCUUUACGACAACCAGAUCGCCACCAUCUCCCCCGGAGCCUUCGACACCCUGCAGGCCCUCUCCACGCUGAACCUUCUGGCCAACCCUUUCAACUGCAACUGCCAGCUGGCCUGGCUGGGCGACUGGCUGCGGAAGAGGAAGAUCGUGACGGGGAACCCGCGAUGCCAGAACCCAGACUUCCUGCGGCAGAUUCCCCUGCAGGACGUGGCCUUCCCUGACUUCAGGUGUGAGGAAGGCCAGGAGGAGGGGGGCUGCCUACCCCGCCCACAGUGCCCCCAGGAAUGCGCCUGCCUGGACACUGUGGUCCGAUGCAGCAACAAGCACCUCCAGGCCCUGCCCAAGGGCGUCCCCAAGAAUGUCACAGAACUCUACCUGGACGGGAACCAAUUCACCCUGGUUCCGGGACAGCUGUCCACCUUCAAGUACCUGCAGCUUGUGGACCUAAGUAACAACAAGAUCAGCUCCUUAAGCAAUUCCUCCUUCACCAACAUGAGCCAGCUGACCACGCUGAUCCUCAGCUACAACGCCCUGCAGUGCAUCCCUCCUCUGGCCUUCCAGGGGCUGCGCUCCCUGCGGCUGCUGUCCCUGCAUGGCAAUGACAUCGCCACCCUUCCAGAGGGCAUCUUCGCAGACGUGACCUCCUUGUCUCACCUGGCCAUUGGUGCCAAUCCUCUGUACUGUGACUGCCACCUCCGCUGGCUGUCCAGCUGGGUGAAGACAGGUUACAAGGAGCCAGGUAUUGCCCGCUGUGCUGGGCCCCCAGACAUGGAGGGCAAGCUGCUCCUUACCACGCCUGCCAAGAAGUUUGAAUGCCAAGGUCCCCCCACCCUGGCUGUUCAGGCCAAGUGUGAUCCCUGCUUGUCCAGCCCGUGCCAAAACCAGGGCACCUGUCAUAAUGACCCCCUCGAGGUGUACAGGUGUGCCUGCCCCAGUGGCUAUAAGGGCCGAGACUGUGAGGUGUCCCUAGACAGCUGUUCCAGUGGCCCCUGUGGAAACGGCGGGACCUGCCACACACAAGAAGGCGAAGAUGCCGGCUUCACGUGUGAGUGCACACCAGGUUACACAGGUGACAACUGCAGUGAGAACCAGGACGACUGCAGAGAUCACCGCUGCCAGAAUGGCGCCCAGUGUGUGGAUGAAGUCAACAGCUACUCCUGCGUCUGUGCUGAGGGCUACAGUGGGCAGCUCUGUGAGACCCCUCCCCGCCCGCCUGCCCCCAGGAACCCGUGUGAGGGGACUGAGUGCCAGAACGGGGGCAACUGUGUGGACCAGGGCAGCCGUCCCGUGUGCCAGUGCCUCCCGGGCUUCGGCGGCCCCGAGUGUGAGAAGUUGCUCAGUGUCAACUUCGUGGAUCGGGACACUUAUCUGCAGUUCACUGACCUGCAGAACUGGCCACGGGCCAACAUCACGCUGCAGGUCUCCACGGCAGAGGACAACGGGAUCCUGCUGUACAAUGGGGACAACGACCACAUCGCAGUGGAGCUGUACCAGGGCCAUGUGCGCGUCAGCUACGACCCGGGCAGCUACCCCAGCUCUGCCAUCUACAGUGCUGAGACGAUCAAUGAUGGGCAGUUCCACACUGUUGAGCUGGUCACCUUUGACCAGAUGGUGAAUCUCUCCAUCGAUGGCGGCAGUCCCAUGACCAUGGACAACUUCGGCAAACACUACACACUAAACAGCGAGGCCCCCCUCUAUGUGGGAGGGAUGCCCGUGGAUGUGAACUCAGCUGCCUUCCGCCUGUGGCAGAUCCUCAACGGCACCAGCUUCCAUGGUUGCAUCCGAAACCUGUACAUCAACAACGAGCUGCAGGACUUCACCAAGACGAGGAUGAAGCCAGGCGUGGUGCCAGGCUGUGAGCCCUGCCGGAAGCUCUACUGCCUGCACGGCAUCUGCCAGCCCAACGCCACCCCGGGGCCUGUGUGCCAUUGUGAGGCUGGCUGGGGGGGCCUGCACUGCGACCAGCCAGCCGAUGGCCCCUGCCAUGGCCACAAGUGUGUCCACGGGAAAUGCGUGCCCCUCGAUGCUCUUUCCUACAACUGCCAGUGCCAGGAUGGGUACUCGGGGGCCCUGUGCAGCCAGGCUGGGGCGCCUGCAGACCCGUGUGGGGGCCUGCAGUGCCUGCACGGCCACUGCCAGGCCUUGGCCACCGCAGGGGCACACUGCAUGUGUGACCCUGGCUUUUCGGGCGACCUUUGCGAGCAAGAGUCCGAGUGCCGGGGGGACCCUGUCCGGGACUUUCACCAGGUCCAGAGGGGCUAUGCCAUCUGCCAGACCACGCGCCCACUGUCGUGGGUGGAGUGCCGGGGCUUGUGCCCGGGCCAGGGCUGCUGCCAGGGCCUGCGGCUGAAGCGGAGGAAGUUCACCUUCGAGUGCAGCGACGGGACCUCCUUUGCCGAGGAGGUGGAGAAGCCCACCAAGUGUGGCUGUGCCCUCUGCGCAUAGCGCCCAGUGCCAGCAGGGAGGGCGAGGGCUGGUGAGGGGCGCGGCCACGAGGGGACCUGGGCUGGGGUCGGUCCAUCACCGGGGUGGCUCCUAGGACCGGGGCAGCCUUUCUCGAGCAUACCGCUCACAGCUGGGGGCCGAGAAGGCGGCUGAGGCCUGGGUGCAGAACACUCUCCGGAAGUGCCUUGCACAAAGAGGCGCUUAAUAAAUAUUUGUUGAAUGAAUGUUUGCGUGAGGUCAGGCCGAGAAGUGCAUAAUGGUGACACUCCCUCCUUGCCUGCUACCUGGGGCUGAAGAAGGGACUGGCCCCUUCCCACACCAACCUUUCUCUCUUGUCUGAGGUCCGUGCUGGCCCCAGAGCCCCUUGCUCCCUGCAAAUAACCUUGAAUGACUCUCAGCCUCCCCUGGGGCAGCCAGCCUGGCUCUCAACUCCCGCCGCCCAGCACCUUCAGGCAGUAGGCCAGGAUGCAGCGGGGAAGGGCCCCCUCCUGCUGGCCAGGAAGGGACUGACACUUGCCCCUGGGCUGAUUGGCAGCACAGCCACUUCUCCCUCGGGAACAACACUGGGGCUGGAGGUGGGUCCUUGGACCAGACCUCUGAAUCCUAAAGUUAUGGGACCAUUGUAGCUUCAAGGAGGGGGCUCACGUGGAAGAAACGGUCACUGGGACUGCUUGGGGUGGGGACCCCGCCAAAGAGGACAGGGGGGUUCUUGUU